UAAUGGCGACUCUUUUCAUUUCAUCGUCUAAGGCCUCUUCUGCGUCUUCAUUCUCAGUCCAUCAAACGAUGUCGUUGCCACGGCACGCUGCGUUUUCGGAGUACAUGAUGGAAGAGAGUGUAGACCACGCUCAUGCCAUCAUCACCAAGUGGGAUACCAAAAGUCCCACCUCCCUCUUCCAUGACAACAGGAAGGAGGGCAGGGAGUUUCUCAAGUGUGUCAAGGACUUGAGGACAGCCAUGCACUUCUUUCUCUCCCAAAAAUCGGCUUCUGGGAAGCUUGUGCUGGCUCAGCAGCUCAUGCAGAUAGCCAUGAAGAGGCUUGAGAAGGAGUUUUACCAGAUUCUGUCUGCCAACCGGGACCGCCUUGAUCCUGAUUCCGUCAGGUCGUGUGUGUCGGGGAGGUCUAGUAACUCGGAUGAUGAUCAAUAUCAGUGUGAUGUGGGAUCAGAUGAGGAGAUUAAUGUUGCUGGGGAGUCGAUUUCGGAGGUUGAGAGAGUCUCAGCGCUGGCUAUGUAUGAUCUCAAGGCCAUAGCGGACUGCAUGAUCGGUUGUGGGUAUGGUAAGGAGUGUGUGAAGAUAUAUAAGAUCAUCAGGAAGUCGAUUGUAGAUGAAGGGCUGUACCGUAUCGGGAUUGAACGGAACAGUUCUUCACAGAUUAGUAAGAUGAAUUUCGAAGCCCUCCAGCACAAGAUCAAGCAUUGGUUGAGUGCAGUUAGGAUAGCUGUGAAGACACUCUUUAAUGGCGAGAGAGUUCUCUGUGAUCAUGUCUUCUCAGCUUCGGAUUCCAUCAGGGAAUCAUCCUUUGCAGAGAUCACCAGAGAAGGAGCCAUCAAUCUCUUCAAAUUUCCGGAGCUGGUCACCAGAACCAAGAGAUCAUCACCGCAUAAAAUCUUCUGCUUCCUGGAUUUGUAUGAAGCCAUCUCUGUCCUACUCCCUGAGAUCGAAUUAAUCUUCUCAUUUGAAUCAACUUCAGCAGUAAGCUUGCAGGUUUCCUCAUCACUCCAGAAGCUCAGCGAGGCUGUAAGGGCAACAUUAUCGGAAUUUGAAUCAGUAGUUCAAAAGGACUCAUCCAAAACACUGGUCACAGGCGGAGGAAUUCACCCGCUGACCGAAUCAGCAAUGAACUAUAUCUCUUCCCUAGCUAAUUACAGUGGAGUCCUCUCCGAAAUCCUCGCUGACUGGCCGCUACCAGUACAAUCACCAUUCCCAGAGUCCUAUUUCGACAGUCCAAAAUCCAUUGACAACCCACCAUCCGCCAUGGCCAUGCGUCUAGCUUGGCUCAUACUUGUACUCCUAUGCAGGCUAGACUGCAAAGCUGAGCUGUACAAAGACAUUGGGCUCUCAUACCUCUUCCUCGCCAAUAAUCUCCAUUUCGUUUUGGAAAAAGUCCGUACAUCCAACCUGCGGUACCUCCUGGGGGAGGAGUGGAUAUCAAAGCAUGAAAAGAAAGUUAAACAAUACAGUGCCAGCUACGAAGUCAUGGGAUGGACUAAAGUUUUCUCCUCUCUACCUGAGAAUAAUUCUCAGGCGCCCAUGUCGCCGGAGGAUGUAAAGGAGUGCUUUGGGAGAUUCAACUUGGCUUUCGAAGAAGCGUGUCGGAAACAAACCUCAUGGGUUGUGCAAGAUGGGAAGCUCAGGGACGACAUCAAGGUAUCCAUUGCCAAGAAACUGGUGCCGGCGUACGGUGAGUUUUAUGAGAAAUAUUUGGGCAUGUUGGACGGGGAGACGAAUUUGGAGGUUUUGGUGAGGUUUUCACCUGAUGAUUUGGGAAAUUACUUGUCGUACUUGUUGCACGGAACUGCCAUCUCAGGGAGUUCAUCAUCAUCAUCAUCCUCUUCUUCAUCACAGAAGUCCGGCCGGGCCCGAUGAAACCAUACACACACAAAAUAAUGUGUACCGUUUUGAUGUCUGAUGGAUGUUUCAGGCUUCUCUUCAGCUAGAUUUUCAGUAUGUUCAUCACAAGUUCUAUAUACAACUGUUUUCUGAUGGGUAUAAAGAUUUUGAGCAAUAAGAAAAACUUCAGAAUGCAACUCAAUUCCGUUGGAAAUGAAUAAAUUCAGCUAAAAUAGUUUAAUUUCAAUUUCUAUGUUUAAUCAA